UAGCACUUCUCACUGCGCCUAAUGCGAUUCUGGAGCGAUUCAGAUUCAGAAGAUGGCUGCGAAACUCACUGCUGGUCACAAGGUGCAGACGUCCCCUGCGUGCUGCUUGUGCUGCUGAUUGGGCUAGGAUCCCACAGCAGCAAAAAUGCAUUAGCGCCCGCUGCACCAUUCCUGGAAGAAGAGGGCAUGUCGCCAUUGGUGUACUCCUUUGUGGCUGCGUCACCACAGUUGGGGGCCAUCGUUGCGCCGGUGCUCUGGGGCGUGGCAUACACAUGGUCGGAGCGCCUCGUACAGGUCUUGGUGCCGCUAGGCGAUUUCCUGGGCCAGCUUGUGUUAGCGCUGGGCAUUGCCAUGGUGGACUCCGACAGUCCAGCCCUCGAGUCACAAGCGGUUUUGACUGCUGGUCUCUUGAUUUUUAGUGUUGCCCGGGCGGGUGUUGGGGUGGUGCAGCAUGCUGCGAUGGCGCGCCUGCUGCACGGGAAGAGGCUAAUGGUUGGCUUUGUGGCCAUGAUCUUUUUUGGACACUUGGUGGUUGCAGCUUGCAACUGGUCCGUACCAAGGGUACUGCGUUUUGGAAUCUUGACACUGCAGCUCACUUUGCUGCUUCCAAAUGUCGUCUCUGUCGCUGCUGACGCCGUGUUAUCUGCCAGCUGGAGCCUCUUGCCAGCCCGUAUGCAUUCACCGCCCCGGACACUGAGCCCCGAUCCCAGUGUGCUCAGCUUGCCGCUCCUGGAAGAGGAACCCGUCUCGCCCAGUCCUGCAAAGGAAGGUCAUUGUGCCAUGUCUGUGAGCUACGACUGCUGCCCCUUUUGUGGGGAUGAGGAGUUGCAAUCAAGGAAAACAAUUUGGCUUUUGGGAAUUUGGAGGGCUCUACUGUUGGGCUUGCUGCAUGCAUUCCAGUCUGUCACAAAUGACUUCCUGGUCGGCUUGGGCAAGACCCAUAUGGAAGCGGGAUCUGUGGUAGCCAUGAACCAACUGCUUGCUAUGGGACUCAUGCCGCUGGUUGCUUUUGGCGGCUACUUUGUGGGUCUCCGUUGCACUUUGGUGGUCAUCUCCUUGCUGCCCUUUUUGGGUGCAUUGUUGUUGGCUUUUUUGCCAACAGUGCCCUUAGUUUUGGAAGCUGGACUGAUAGCAAUUGCUAUAGCUUCCACUGUGAUGCCUGUACUGCCACUGGUCCUCGUGCCUGCCAACAGCCGUUCCUGCGGAAAGUCCUUUGGAUUGCUGGACAGCUUGUUUGGAUUUGGCCAGGCCAUUUUUACCAUUGGUUUGGGUGAACUUCGGAAGGCAGGUGGCUUUUCGCUAGCCAUGCCCUUUCUGUGUGCUUUUUUGGCUUUGGCGGCGAUUCUCUCAACUGUGGUGGCGGCUGUAGUGAAGGUCUAGAGAAAUGAGCUCCAAGCUGCAGCGCUCUUGGCUCGGAAGGUGCGCGUCUGCAAGGUAGCUGAAACUGAAUUUCUGGAGCUUUCUGCCGUGAAUGAGAUGGAAGCAACGCUGUUCCCAAGCCACUGGCUUGGCGAUUUGUAAGUAGUAGGGGACUUUGAUGAAUCUGUAUACAAGUAAUUUGGAACCAUUUUGAAUCAAGGUGCCCCUUCCAGUCUUCAAAGCAGACUGCCAAGAUUGACUUGUAACAGUGGUUUGGCAAUCGAGCAAAUAGUUAGAUCAAGGACGUGGC